AAAACAAAAAAAGUCACAAUAAGAAUAAAUAUUUUCUUUUUAUAUUCAGUUUCUCCAAGAAAAAAUGGGAAGAAUAUCAUUAGCAGUAGGUUUAGUGUUACUAGUUGCAUUAAGCAAUGUAUAUGAAACACAAGCUCAAACUCAAGGGAAGACGUUCUCAGUACUAGAUUAUCUGGCCCUGUUUCCCAAAACGGGCAAAGAGUUUGGGCCUUACGCUUCCAAAGGUUUACUAGAUUUCGUAGGUGCCUUGGAGGGCAAGUCUCCUACCACCGUAGAGUUCAAGAACUUCUUCACAAAUCUGAAAGGUUACAUAACGAGUUGCUUUCAACCGGCACCACCCGGAUCAGGCAAAUCUGACCAGCUCUUCACGGCUAUUUCUGCAUUGAAGGGUUCCCUAGCCGGAACAUCAUUUGAUUCAUGGAGGUUGAUCGAGGCGUUGGUUUCAAUGGAGAAAGUUUCUACUGAGAUGAAGACAAGCACUUCAAAUGUAAAAAUGCCUGAUCCACAAUGGGAGAGGUUGUCCGGGUCUAUGUUCGAAUGGGUCGGAAGGAUUGGUCUAUUUGUGAAGGCGGUCUCCGAGAUAAAUGGCAAACCAAUCGAUCUAAAACAAUUUGAUAUUGAUUAUACCGACCCUACAUAUGCAUCUCUUUCUAAACAAGCUGGGGUUCGUCAAUCAACAUCACCGUUCUCGUUACCUGCCUAUUUAAGAAACAUUCCCAAAACGGGAAAAGAGGUUGAACCAUUCGCUUACAAAGGCAUGCAAUCCUUCUUACUUGACCUAGAAACUAGGUGUCUUGCAAAUAAAGAGUUCAAGGAGUUCUUUGUUAAGCUGAAUGACUUCAUGGCCAGCUUCAAGACGGUCUCACCUGAUACAUAUUCAAUAGAGAGCGAUACUAUUACAACUAAAGCUAUGCACCUCUUCUUAGCUUUGUCUCCAUUGGAUGGUACCAAAGCUGGAACAUCAGAUCCGUGGAAGCUGGUUGAUGGUUUGGUGACAAUGGGAGAUUCUUUGGUUGAGAUGAGGAAGAGCGGUCCGGGUGCGGUAACGGUUGAACAAAGUAAGCAACUGACAUCGUCCAUGUUGAAAUGGGGUCGAGCAGUAGGUGAAUUCGUGAAAGCAGCUUCUGCCAAGAAAGGAGUAACUAUGGAUAUAUCUUUUGAUGCUUCUCCAACUAACGCAGCAGCUGGAAACGGUGGAAGUGUCCCCACAGGACAAUCAGCAAAGACUAAAGCUUAG